GAGGUCAAUGUUGUCACUCCACUUUCAUGGACACCUUAAUUUUGUGAUGAAUCCUAGACGCUUUUAGUCCUAAGAGGCAUGUUGUGACAGGAUCCAUUCCUCGAUGGCCUAUGUGCUUAAAACUUGGAAGUUUUUUGAAUCUGAGGUGAUGGAAAAUAUUGCGUAUCUCUUAUAUAUGAACUUAUAUUAAAGUUUCUAUAAUUGAAAUUGUUGUGUGGAAACGAAGGAAACGAAAUAACUUUCAGAUUCUCCCUACAGCUUGCCAAACGAGGAUCAAUAUUAUUGACCAUACUGGAUUUCCUUGAUUGUUUUCUUGACAUCAAAGUUUUAAACCCAUUUAAAAGGUUGAAUCAUAUAAUACCAAAGAAAUAAGACAAAGGAUGCCAACGGUUUGGUGUGCUCUGAAAAGAUCAUUGGACUGCAGCAAACCAUCAGAUGUGCAUGAUCCAAAGGACAAUAGUAAUCUGAGCACUUCGACAAGAAAGCCAGGCAGAGAUUGCUGUCCAAGAUCCAUAUCAGAUCUCAGAGAUGUAAUGAAACACAGAGACAAGCCUCUAGGUUGCAGUACAGGAUCCCUAGGGAGCAUUGAAUUUCUUAAACCUGUGACCCAUGAAGUAGUCCUUGAUGAUUCAACCUGGGAAAUUAAAAUUAGUCGGUUUUGUGCUUCCUGCAAAGCCAAUGACAGAGGAAAGCACGGCCCAGCUUUUGUGGGUAACCUGAGGCCAGCGAACACCGACCAUGGAGGCCGUCAUCCGGUGCCUCACAAUAACUCCGGCAGCUUUACUCCGAUUAAAACCCAUGGUGUUGGUUGCAGUGAUAUUCCUUCUGAGUGGAGGAGAUCUAUUGAUACAGAUUAUAAUGGUUAUUCGAAUUUAAUUUGCCAGAUAUGUGGUGCGCAGUUUAGAAAACUGGAUGCUGUUGAAGCACAUCAUCUGUCAAAGCAUGCAGUCAUUGAACUUGGUGAAGGAGACUCGCCAAGGAAGAUAGUAGAAAUAAUUUGCCAAAAAAGCUGGUUAAAGUCUGAGAACGACUGCAGAAGGAUAGAGAGGGUCUUGAAGGUCCACAACAUGCAAAAAACCGUUGCCUGGUUUGAAGAAUAUAGAGAAACGGUGAAGAUUAAAGCCAGCAAACUACCCAAAAAGCAUCCACGCUGCCUGGUUGAUGGGAAUGAGCUUUUGAGGUUCUAUGGCACAACUGUUGUGUGCUCUCUUGGCAUGAAUGGCUCUUCCAGCCUAUGCACUUGGGAUAAUUGUGGCGUAUGUCAAGUUCUAAGACACGGAUUUGUCACCAAGAAGGAACCCAACGGUGGGGUUUUCACCACUUCCACGAGUGGAAGAGCAUUGGAAUCUGUUGAGUUAUAUGAGAAAGACUCGUCUCUAAGGAAGGCUUUGAUGGUGUGCCGAGUAGUGGCGGGGAGGAUUCAUAGUCCUCUGGAGAGAAUUCAAGAAAUGGCAUCCUCAGGGUUCGAUUCCUUGGUUGGGAAGAUGGGUUCUCAUUCCAACAUUGAGGAACUCUGUGUACUAAAUCCCAGAGCUAUCCUCCCUUGCUUUGUGGCAAUUUACAAACCUGAUCAGUGAGAAGGAUUUCUUUUUUCGCCUUUAUUCUUCUCAGCUUGUAAUCUGCCAUGAAAUUUUCAUGCAACUUUUUCACACUUCGAUUCUAUCAAGUCUGUCAAGGUACGUAGACGAAGUCUUCAAUAUAUAUAUAU